AUGGCCCAGGCAGAGACUCCUGCAAUUCAGACAGAGGCCUUAGUUAUUAAUGACCCUGACUUCCAACAUGAGGAUUUGAACUUCCUGUCCCGUAGCCAACGCUAUGAGCAAGCCAUCAGGAAGAGCGCUCUGAUGGUGAUGAAGUUAAGAGAAUAUGGAAUUGCAGAUCCGGAGGAGAUCUACUGGUUUAAAAGAACAUGCUUGGGCAGUUUUCCUGAACCUUUCGGUCUCCACUUCAGCAUGUUUCAAAAAACCUUAGAGACCCAAACGACUGAUGCUCAGAAGGAGAAAUGGCUGCCUCUGGUCCAUGGAGUCAAGAUAAUUGGCACCUACGCCCAAACCGAAAUGGGACAUGGAACUCACCUUCGUGGUCUAGAAACUACAGCUACUUAUGACCCAGCUACCCAGGAAUUCAUCCUCAACAGCCCCACUGUGACCUCCAUUAAGUGGUGGCCAGGUGGACUUGGAAAGACGUCGAACCAUGCCGUUGUUCUGGCUCAGCUCUACACUCAGGGCCAGUGCAAAGGGCUGCAUGCCUUCAUUGUUCCCAUACGGCAGCUGGGCACCCACGAACCUUUGCCAGGUAUUACGGUGGGUGACAUCGGGCCAAAAUUUGGUUAUGAUGAAAUGGAUAAUGGCUACCUGAAAAUGGACAACUUCAGAAUUCCUCGGGAAAACAUGCUGAUGAAAUAUGCCCAGGUUGAACCAGAUGGCACCUAUGUGAAACCUCUUAGUGACAAGCUGACCUACGGGACCAUGGUGUUCAUCCGAUCUCUCAUUGUAGGCGAUUCAGCUCGCUCCCUGUCCCGGGCCUGUACCAUUGCCAUCCGCUAUAGUGCAGUGAGACACCAGUCUGAGCUAAAGCCAGGGGAACCAGAACCCCAGAUCUUGGAUUAUCAGACCCAACAAUACAAACUCUUUCCUCUCCUGGCAACAGCAUAUGCUUUUCACUUUGUGGGAGCCUACAUAAAAGACACCUAUCGUCGUAUUAGUGGAGACAUCAAUGAAGGGGAUCUGAGUGAGCUGCCAGAGCUCCAUGCACUGACAGCAGGGCUGAAGGCGUUCACUUCCUGGACUGCCAAUGCUGGUAUUGAGGAAUGUCGGAUGGCAUGUGGUGGGCAUGGCUACUCUCGCUGCAGUGGCAUACCUGACAUCUAUGUCACAUUCACACCAUCCUGCACCUACGAGGGAGAAAACACAGUCAUGAUGCUGCAGACAGCUAGGUUCCUUGUCAAAAGCUACACCCAAGUUAGUUCUGGGCAGCGGGUUACUGGCAUGGUGUCCUACCUUAAUGAUCUCUCCAGGCAACGCAUUCAGCCACAGCACGUGGCUGCUAGGACUGUGACUGUGCGGAUCAAUGAUCCAGUCAGCUUGGUGGAGGCCUACAAAGCACGUGCUGCCCGGCUUGUAGAAGCUGCAGCAAAGAAUUUGCAAGCUGAACUGAACCACAGAAAGAGCAAGGAGGAUGCCUGGAACAGAACUUCCGUUGAUCUUGUGCGAGCAUCUGAGGCACACUGUCACUACGUGAUAGUGAAGCUUUUCACAGCAAAGCUGUCUGAGAUCAGUAAUGCAGCUGUCUGUGCUGUCAUGACUGAGCUGUCUCUCCUGUAUGCACUGUAUGGGAUCAGUAAGAACACAGGGGAUUUCUUGCAGGCGGGUAUUCUGACCGAUGCCCAAAUUACUCAAGUGAACCAGCGUGUGAAAGAGCUCUUAGCUAUAAUUCGUCCCAAUGCAGUAGCGCUGGUGGACUCCUUUGACUUUCAUGACGUUCAUCUUGGAUCUGUGCUUGGCCGGUAUGAUGGCAAUGUCUACGAGAACAUGUUUGAGUGGGCAAAGAAAUCCCCACUGAACAAAACAGAGGUUCAUGAGUCUUUCCACAAACACCUGAAGCCGAUGCAAGCCAAGCUGUGAAGCCUGCUGUUUUUUUAAAAUGCACACUUUUUCCUGAUCUGAAAACUGGGUGUUUGCGUCCUUUCUUCAGGCACCUAAAUCAAACCUUUCAAAUCCUGGUAGCUGUAGGACAGUGAAUAAUUGUAGCCUUUCUUUCCACUUUGAUAAAUCAAGGAGGUGUUUGGGGAGAGUGCAUAGGGGUUGAUGCCUGUUUUUAAAGUGCAAUUAUAAUGGUAAAAUUAACCUUUUAAAAACCUGGGAAAGCUUUAUGGAUUCAUACAAGGAUUGCUUUUGUGAAGCUGCUAACUAGAGAGAAGUUACUGUCAACUGGAAAGGUAGCAGGAUUUUACUACUAAGUAGUUAACAGCCCUCAGGCAAUAGCUUCUAAUGAGCAGUUAUGUCCUCCUCCCAAAAAGUAUUGGUCUUGAAAUACUUUUUUAAGAUUAGCACCACCUCUCUCCUUGUUUGGCAAAUAUUUAUGGUAUCUAAAGCCUCCUGCAUAGUUUUGUGCACGUGAAUCUGCAUGUGGCACUGCUUUCCUGAUGUAGCUGGGAAGUAAAUACCCAUCCUGUUCUGGAGCUCUGCUUCAUUCAUCUUUCCAGAAGACAUCUUCAUGUGUUCCAAUACAUCCUUCUUUCACUGCCCUGCAGAAACUCCUUUUGCCUGCGUGCCAUCUCCAACGCUGGCACCUUGCUCUUUGUUAAUAGGAAGUCAAAGGAGAACAUAGUGAUGCUGCUCUGAGGAAAAAAACAAGUAGUAAUAAUCAGCUAGGUGCUGAUAAUAGAUGUUCUGCCCUUCUUUUAACUAUUAGUAUUUUUGUAGCACUAUCUCAAAGCACUUUACAGAUGUUAAUUACGAUGAUUUGAUGUGAAAAACCACAUGUAGUGGUAGAAACUGCAAAUUUGACCUGGAGUGAUGAAGCCAGUAUUUGAGGGCAGAAACCAGUUGACCAAGGUCCUUGAGUCUUCAGAUUGUUCUGGGAUGUUCUUCUGGUUUUUAAAGGCAUUCUUCAAGAAAAUGACAAUCCCAAGUGAAGUGUCCAGAUUGGUUUGGGUUUUUUUCCCUACCCAUGCGUUUCCAAGGAGCUUUCUCUGAUUUGCUUAAUUUUGUUUUUAUAUUGACUUGGGACUUGCACAGUGCUGUCUGGAGUAACCGAUGAAAGAUUUAGCUUUUAACAGAACCUCCUGAUGCCCUGUGAAAUCAGUGCAACUACAACUAAGCAAAAUCAUUGCUGUUUUUCAACACCAGUAACUCUGUCCAGUAACAAUAAAACCUCUCUUCACCACAGAUAAGAGCAACUUUGAGCUUAAAAUGGUAAAAAGUUUCAGCAUAAACCCAAAUCCUGCAGUUCUAAGGCAACAUCUGAGAAGCUGUUUCUCUGACAGCUUUGUUAUCUGUUAAGGUCUCUAAUUUCGGAUCAGUUUUCAUGGAGCAGUUUUUCCUGGCACUAACAAUGAUCAGACACAAUGUUUGGCUCCACACGCAGUAGCUGAACAGAAAGAAAUGUUUAAUUUUAAAUAAAAUAAUCAAACUUGCCUUUUGGCUGCUGAGCCUUUCGGGACGAGUGGAACCACUGCUGUUCAGGCUACCCAAGGAGGCAAAGGGCUUUGCCUUCCGUUUAUUCAAUAGAGCAGACUGCUGACCUGGGGAGGGAUGAUGGAGGAGCAGGUUAAAAAUACGUUGAUGAGAACAGUACUAGCUAACUCUGUGUACAGAUUUAAUAAAUUACAAAAACGUGUUUUCAGA